UAAAACCACUUUUUGAUGUUGUUGCCUUUGGAGGGACAUUUGAUAGACUCCACAAUGGCCAUAGAUAUUUAUUGACACAUGCUUGCCUAAUUUCUAAGACAAAAUUAAUAUGUGGCAUUACAGAUAACUCAAUGCUAAAUAAUAAGGAAUUAGGUGAUUUGAUAUGUCCCAUUGACCAAAGGAAACAUGAUGUACAAGAUUUUUUGACUAGUGUUGAUUCAACCCUCCAAUUUUCCACACCAACAUUGUAUGACAUCUAUGGACCUACAAUUUUUGAACCAAAUAUCUCUUGUUGUGUUGUGACAAAAGAAACUACCAAAGGUGGGGAAAAAAUCAACGAAGAAAGGAUUAAAAGAGGUUUACAACCUCUCCAACUUUACAUCGUGGAUUACGUAAGUGAUUUAGAAGAAACCGACAACCCAGGUAUCGAAAAAGUUAACAAUUCCUCACCGGCACUCAAUCAUAAUCACAAUGGCAAUAAUGAGACCCUUCAAGUAAAACUUAGUUCAACCCAUCUUAGAAAGUUAUCGUUGGGAACCUACGUAGAAAAACAUCCUAAUUGUUUCUCGAAAGGCCGCGCUAUUCGUUUACCUUUUUCGAUUUCCUCAUCGCUAUACAUAAUAGGCUUGACUGGUGGAAUAUGCUCGGGAAAAUCUCGCUUCGCCCAUUUAUUCGCCUCCUCAUUCUUUUCUACUUCCGCAACCGAUACACCUAAAAAGUUAGGCGAACUCAAAUUUAAUCACCCUCCGCGAAUAAUCGACUGUGAUGCACUGUGCCACGCCAUAUACGAGGAGGGGAGUGUUUACGAUUCUCAUAUCGUGGCGGAGCUGACUAGAAAGUUUGGCAUUGGGAUUUUAUCCGAACUUGGCCAUGGUAAGAUAGACAGGAAGAAGUUGGCUGGUCUCGUCUUUGGAAACGAGAAAAAUAUGAAGGAAUUGAACGAAAUUUUGUGGCCCGAAAUCGCUAAAAUGGUUCAAGCUGAAAUUCAGGAGGCUAGAACUCAAGGAAUCGAAAUAAUUUUCAUAGAAGCCGCUUUAUUAAUUCAAGCUGGUUGGCUCCAACAUGUCCACGAGUUGUGGGUCACGUUUGUUCCCAAAAAAUUAGCCAUCGAACGGCUGAUCGAAAGAAACAAAAUGAGCUACGAUCAAGCGCUAGAAAGGAUCAAUGCUCAGCCCGAUAACAAGUAUUUUAUCGAUUUCGGCGAUGUUUUAUUGACGUCGCAAUACGAUGACGCGUUUACGGAAAAAUUGGCCUGCAAAGCUUGGAAAUUACUCGUUGAGAGAAUACGUAAAUUACGCGACUAAUUCCUGUUGGAAUAAUUUUGGAUCACAAUAAUAUUUUAUAACACUUUGUAAAAAUUUGUCUUUAUUGUU